UGAGAAGCCAGGCUUGUGAGAGAGAAUAGAGAGAAAAAAGAGUGGACUUUUGGUUUCUUUUCUUCCCCAUUUGCUUUGUUUUUUGCGGUCAAAUUAAAUAAGAGAACCAUUCUUAGUUGCUUGGAUACUUGGAUUGGACUCUCUCUCUCUCUCUCUCUCUCUCUCUCUCAUUUUUGCGCAUUCAAUUCAACCAACCAACCAACCAAACCAAACCAUUCAUCUCAGCUCCUCUUUCUUUCUUUCUUUGUUUCUUUCAGCUCCCGUCACCACUCUCUACACACUCUGCUCUCUCCUCUCCGGAUUUCAAUACAUUCAUGGAAGCAGUGACAGUUGUUCCCAUGGUUUCCUCAGAAGAAACUGCAGAUCACAAUGUUCCUUAUGCUAUACCACUGCAGAGAGCAAGUCCUCAUAGUGAUAUUACAGAAUCACAAGGGAUUCAUGGAGCUGAAACCCCUUCGUCCAAGCAAAAGGAAGAAACAAGUAUUCCUUCUGCUGUGGCUCAAAACAAAGUGAAGGAUUCUGAUGUUACUGCUUCUGCAUUGCAAUCAGAUCGGCAACGAAGCACACACAUUGCAGCAUCAGUUGAAAAACUUGUGCAGAGCCCUGAUACACCUUUCCGUGAAAAACGUCAUCCAUCACAAUCUGGUCAUGACAGUCCCUCAAUAAUACGUGAAAGGGUAUCAAAAGAUGGGUAUAACUGGCGAAAAUAUGGCCAGAAAAAUGUUAAAGGGAAUGAAUUUAUAAGGAGCUAUUACAAGUGUACGCAUCCGAACUGCCAGGCAAAGAAACAGUUAGAGCAGUCAAACGAUGGCCAGAUUACAGAUUCCAUUUGCAUUGGUCAGCAUAAUCAUCCUAGGCCUCAAUCCAGCAUCACAAAGCCUGUUGGUCCUGUUCUUCCUGUUCUUGAAGAAGGACCAGACAAGCCCCGUGUCGCCAAUGUAGAAGUUGAAGACAAAUCAUUGAAUGAGCAUGCAAGUGUACCUCAACAGAUGAAGUUUUCACACUCCCUUCAGAUUACAAAUGUUCCUGCAGCUGAUCUGAUGAAAGCUGCACAUUCACAACUGACCACAGCAAAUGACGAGGUUCACAACAAUGACUAUCCUGACUCAAAACGGCAGAAGACAGACGAUAGUAAUAUUGAAGUCAGUGUAGCUGACAAGUCAACUUGUGCGUCUCGUGUUGUCGUUCAAACUUCAAGUGAGGUUGAUUUUGUAAAUGAUGGGUACCGUUGGCGCAAAUAUGGUCAGAAACUAGUUAAAGGAAAUGCAAAUCCCAGAAGUUAUUAUCGAUGCUCUAGUCCCGGAUGCCCUGUCAAAAAGCAUGUGGAAAGGGCCUCUCAUGAUUCAAAAGUUGUAAUAACUACCUAUGAGGGACAACAUGAUCAUGAAAUCCCGCCUGGAAGGACUGUCACUCAUAAUGCAGCUACAAAUGCUCAAACAACAACCAUUAAUGGCAAGCCAGGAACCAAUUCUGUAUCAAAUCCUGUUUCUACAGAUACAAGAGGAAGCAGAUCAAAUGAGAAAGUAAAUGGCAACUCAAUUACUAAAUCAGAGGCUGGUAAGAGUCCUGAAAGUAAAUUAAAUGGGCAACAACAACAAAAAAAUGAAAAUGCAGUUGCCAAACAGGAUUCUGUUGGUGCUAACAUCACAUGCCAAUCAAAUUCUGAAGAUCCAUGUCGAUCAAAAUCAAACGAACAGCCGAAAGAUGAUGUAGAAACUAAAUCAGAAGGAAAGAACGGAUCCCCUAAUCUGGUUGUUCAUGAUACUCCUGGUCAAGAAGGUCAACUCAAGAAGCAAUCAGCAUCUGAUGCAGAAGCUGUCCAGAGCUAAAUUUGCAGUGUUAUUUUUGCAGCUAGUGACUGAAGCGAGUAGGCAAUGACAUAGGUUACACACAAAUAUUUAUGGGAAUAUGUUUCCUAUUUCUACUCUAACUUCUCCUUUCAUAUUUGGGUAUCUGCAGACUGACUAAAUAUGCAAAUAAUGAUUCUUACCGGAUUAGAUAUCAAUUAUCAUCACUUGUAUACUAUUUGUUAGUAAAAUAAGGAAACUGUACAUUUUCAUAUACAUGUAUAAAACGUUCUAUGCUUGUAAUAUACUCCUCAGAAGUAAUUCUUGUUUUGUGCUUUCUUA